GUGUGGUGUUGAUGUGAUGAGAACUCUUGCCCAAAAAAUAAGCUAUGGCUCUCUCUAUGAACAUUGCUACUGCCAACACUUUGAAACUCAACUUUCCUACAAAACAAGUAAUAUUUCCAUGUAAUAACUCAACCAAGCCUCCACACUGCAUCCCAGUUCAACAACAGGUAGAUCCUGGGAUUAUGUGCGAGUGUUGCAGUGGGAGAGGGUGGCUGCUGUGUGAGUUCUGUAAAGGGCAAAAGGUCAAUGUGAAAUCAGAGAGCAACAGGAUCUACCGUAGAUGCCCUUCCUGUAGAGCUAUCGGAAGCGUAUUGUGUUCAAAAUGCAAGGUCUACAAAUGCGUCACAUUUCCAGAUCAGACAGAUGGAGAGGAGUUCACCUUUUGACCACAAAAGAGUUUGCAUUCAACCAUCUCUUCUAUUUUGCAGAUUGGAUUUUUCUUGACAAUUUUUGUACAAAUCACACAUUUAAUCUUCAUUUUUUGCACUAUAAUUCAUUUGGUGUAAAAUAUUCGUAAAA